UCUGCUGUUUCCGAUGUAAAGGUCCGGUCGAGGCCGGCGCGAGCGAGCUUCGGUCGCUUGGAACCGGCUGCCAGUCUCCGUGGGAAAGGGAGCCCGAACUUUCUUGAGAACAUGAAUGAUUGGAUGCCCAUCGCCAAGGAGUAUGACCCGCUCAAAGCUGGCAGCAUCGAUGGCACUGAUGAAGAGCCACACGAUCGGGCAGUCUGGAGGGCAAUGCUGGCACGAUACAUCCCCAACAAAGGUGUCACAGGAGACCCCCUCCUCACCCUGUUUGUGGCAAGACUAAACUUGCAGACCAAAGAGGACAAAUUAAAGGAAGUGUUUUCCCGCUAUGGUGACAUCCGGCGGCUUCGCCUGGUGAGGGACUUGGUCACGGGCUUUUCAAAAGGCUACGCCUUCAUAGAGUACAAAGAAGAGCGUGCUCUGAUCAAAGCCUACCGAGAUGCAGAUGGCCUCGUUAUUGACCAACAUGAGGUAUUUGUGGACUACGAACUGGAAAGGACUCUCAAAGGGUGGAUCCCUCGACGACUUGGAGGUGGUCUGGGGGGGAAAAAGGAAUCUGGGCAGCUGAGAUUUGGGGGACGCGAUCGGCCUUUUCGAAAACCUAUUAAUCUGCCAGUUGUUAAAAAUGAUGUCUAUAGAGAGGGGAAAAGGGAAAGGAGGGAGCGAUCUCGAUCCCGAGAAAGGCAUUGGGACUCUAGAACAAGGGAUCGAGAUCACGGCCGGGAGAAGAGAUGGCAAGAAAGAGAGCCAACCAGGGUGUGGCCCGAAAAUGACUGGGAAAGAGAGAGGGACUUCAGGGAUGACAGGAUCAAGGGGAGGGAGAAGAGGGAUAGAAGCAAGUGAGGCCCAACAACUACAGACCCUCAAAUACAGAUUCAGCUUUAAGUGAAAGCAUAGCGUAAUUGUCUUUAUACUCAGUGUAAGACUAACGAAUGGUUGAAUAAAACUUACUGAUGAUAA